UUCCCGCCACACUACUGCACCUCGCCAUACCACCCACACGCUGACAAACUACACACAAACAUCACAUAAAUACAAAAAUAAACGAAUAACAAUUGCAUACUACCAAAGAGAACUACUAUACACAUGCACACAUACACAUUCAUACAGAAAGAAAUAAAAGGGAGGGUUUUUACAUCUGGGAAUACUUGGCACGCCUCUGUUUACGUCGCGGCUCAGACAGACAGACAGACCGCCAGCAGGAUACCUCACCUCACCUAGUCCUAGUCCUGCUCAGCAUCCUACACCCUCUCCACCAGGUCUGUCAACCUACAUCCCACCCCCUCCUCCAAACCCCACCCUGAAACAAGUUGCCGAUUAUUACUAAGGUGUGAUGGCAGACUCCCAGGCAGCAGCGACUGAGGCAGCGGUGGCAGGUGAGGCGGCAGCUCCUGUGAAGGCUCCUGCUGAGACUGACACACCAAAGCCAGGCGAGGGAGGAACAAAGUCCAAGGAGUUUGAGGGAGCUAUUGGAGGAAUAAGGGAUCCCAGCAAUGUUGAGGAGGAAGAAAGUGAUGAAGAAGAAUACGACGAUGAAGAUUUAGAGGACGAUGACGAGGAUGAAGAUGAGGAUGACGAAGACCAUGAAGGGUUCAUGAGUAUGCUUCAAAACUUUAUCAUGAACAAACUGGACCUGAGUGAUCAUGGUGAAGUUGAAAAAGUAUUGGAGGAAGUGACUGUUGAAGGAGUUGUGAAAUACAUCAAUAGUGGAAAGUGCAAGAAUGUUAUUACUAUGGCUGGUGCUGGCAUCUCCACCUCUGCAGGCAUCCCAGAUUUCCGCUCACCAGGCACAGGACUAUACAACAACCUAGAGAAGUACAACUUGCCCUUCCCUGAAGCAAUAUUUGACAUUGAGUUCUUCAAAAGCAACCCCAAACCUUUCUUCGUACUGGCCAAGGAUCUGUACCCCGGUGCCUUCAACCCCACACCUAGUCACUGGUUUAUUCGACUCCUCCAUGAAAAGGGAAUCCUCCUUCGACAUUACACACAAAACAUUGACACACUGGAACACAUUGCUGGUUUACCUGCUGAGAAAGUGGUUGAGGCUCAUGGAACCUUCCGCACUUCCCACUGCAUUGCUUGCCGCAAAGAGUACAGCCAAGACUGGAUGAAAGAGGAAAUUUUGAAGGACAACAUACCAACAUGUGAGGAAUGCAGUGGUCUUGUUAAGCCAGAUAUUGUGUUCUUCCGGGAGAGCCUGCCCACCAGGUUCUUCCAGCUAAUGCAGACAGACUUCCCCAAGUGUGACCUGCUGCUGAUCUUGGGCACCUCCCUCACCGUGCAGCCUUUUGCCAUGCUUAUCAACAACGUGCCAUCUUCUUGUCCACGGCUCCUCAUCAACCGAGAGAAGGCUGGUGCCAUGGACCCCAUGAUGGCUAUGCUGCAGGGUAUGCUGAGCAGUAGUGGCUUGGCCCUUGACUCCCCCAGGAACAUUAGAGAUGUGGCCUUGCUAGGAGACUGUGAUGAGGGCUGUGCAAAGCUGGUGGACAUGCUGGGCUGGAAGGAGGACUAUGAGAAACUGUUUACGCCUCCUAAGAAGGCUGAGAAGACCGAGGAGUGAAGUGCCUGGCUGGUGUGGCAAGAUUCACUUGAUGAGAUGGAGGAAAUGCAAGUGACUAGUUUUCCAGUCUCUAGAAAAAUAUCAUGUUCCUCAGAGGCAAUACCUAUAUUGUAGCUUGCCACGACCAGGGUGUGUGUAGAAGUAAUGUAGAACUGGGCAUUGCAUCUAUGGUUGUAGGUCAGUUAUAUAUGAAUAUUGAAGCAUUAUACUCUCUCUCUCUCUCUCUCUCUCUCUCUCUCUCUCUCUCUCUCUCUCUCUCUCUCUCUCUCUCUCUCUCUCUCUCUCUCUCUCUCUCUCUCUCUCUCUCUCUCUCUCUCUCUCUCUCUGUGUGUGUGUGUGUGUGUGUGUGUGUGUGUGUGUGUGUGACAUCAUGUGUGUGUUGCUUGGGACAGUAUUAUAUCUUGUUUGGGCUGUGUUGCUUUGACCAUUGUUGUGGUUUAUGGGGCAUUUGUUAUCUUUUGGUUUUCUUAAUUUCCAGUGUGUGCUUAUCAGAUGUUGUCAAUUGCUUUGCUAUAAUUGAUAUAUUAUUGUUUUUAUUAUUUUGUCCCUUUAUUUUUCUCUAGAACUCUCCUGCUGUCCUUGAUAAGUUCCAUAUGCCUCUUUUCCACCAGGAACUUCCAUGAGCUGGAAUGUGUCCUUUAUUAUUCAUAUAAUAUAUGAUUCUUUUCUCUUGCUCUUAAGCAUUCUCUGACUUAGGCAUGUCUUCAGUCUUAUUCUUGUAUAGAUUUUUAUUACAUUACUCCUUUCUUUUCCUUACAUUCCCCUGGGUCAUUCACUUCAUUCUUCAUGAACAAUUGCUUUGAAACUUGUAUAUUGUUUUGUUGGUAUUCUUCUAGGCCAGUGUCUUAUUAACAUUUUCAAGAAUUCCAUCUCUUUUCUUUUCAGUAAUUUGCUCUUCUUUCAGUAGAAUAUUGUCUUUAUACUGUAAGCUCAUUGUCCUCUCAUUGAGGAGGUGGGUGUGGCAAGCCGUGAUAUACAUCUAUAUUGUAUCUGCAGCCUUAGCUUUACCCGUCUACAGGUGGCAGCCAUUGCUUGGGUGGUGCGGCCUCGGCCCAGUAGUGGUGACUGGUCUGUGGAGAGUAAUUAUUGCAUACAAAGUAAUGCAAUGAUGAAUUUUGAAUGAUAUUAUUUGGUCCAUGAAAAAAUAUAUACUUAUAGGCUAUGUUUUUUAUAUAUAUUUAUUGGUUUAUAUGCUCUAAAUUAUCUAAAAAAAAUUUUGUAUAGAGGUUGAUGUUAGGAUAUGAAUAAUAAAUUGUUUGAAAUCC